AUCUCAAUUGAGGCUCGUUUGUCGACCACUGGUCAGGCCAGUCGGCUCUAGGCAGCCUUUCGCGACGCACGCUCUCAACGCUCCUUACGAACUGUCAAAAUAUCCGAACUUCAAACGUCAACCUGUGGCGCGAAAAUUGUUAUUUAAAAAAGUAAAAAGUGAACUUUUUUGUGCUGUUAACUGGGUGUUUUAUAGUGCAAUCGUGUAGACACCUUUUUAUUGGACUCUAGCCGGAUCUAAGGGACACUCGAGAAUGGUUCCGGAGCCGCCACGUCGAUAGGAAGGAUGCGCCAUGAGUAUUUCGAGGCGAGCAGACCAUUAACGUGUGCAACCAACAUGCGAUGACCAUGGAGUCACCAGUCAGAAUAUGUUUAGGCGCGGUGCUAGUAGCGAACCUGCUACUGCUGAGUAGCACAGUCAGCGGCAAUGCGCUGCCACCAGCCACCACCACGACCGUCCGCGAUGACAGAGUCACCAGGCUCAUGCGGACAAAUACCACCAUCCACAGCAGAAGACACAAAACCCCAGACGUAGCACUCAACGAGCUACAUCCCAAAGAAACCGUCUCAGAAGAACACACAGAAAAGAAUGCCAAAUACAAAGACAGAGGAAGGGUCAGAUACUCUUCUAAAGUUACGACUAUAAGUCCGCCAAGAAGGGCUAAGAGUACCUCCACCACUGAAGCUGGUGAGGCGGCGAAACUAAUCAUAGUCACGCCUACGCCUGAAGUGAAGAAGCCAGCGCAAAUCAUUAACAGUAUGAGAGCGUAUAAACGAACAAAGUUGCCAGUCAGUUCGUCCUCAACCACUAGCAUGACUCCUACAGCAAAAGCUGUCGUGAAAACAGAAGAGGAGGAAGAAGAAUAUGAAGACGAAGAGCACGAAGAAGACAAUAAUAGUUUCGAAAAAUACACUUCUAGUAAAUUUGACUCUAACUUUUUUACCAUACCUAAUUAUAACGAUGACUUUGGUCAUGACUCAGAAGGUGCUGAUAAUAAAGUUAAAUCAGAAUAUAGUAGUAGCCCUUAUAGCACAUUUACCAGUUACUUCCCAGAUGUUGCAUUUGGUCCACGGGACAAUAAAAACGACGAGCCCUUUAAAUCAGAGAGUUUCUUUGAUUUUGACUCAGAAUUGACAACACCCAAACACGAUUUCUUUGACAAAAAGUAUCAAGAAAUCUCUCAAAGUAUUAUUAAAAAUUUAGAGUCAAUAAAAGUUAAAAUGCCACCACCGAACGCAACUAAAGUUUAUACAGUAGUCCAAGAUAACAAUGGAGUUAAUACUAAUCAGAGUUUACCAACUAACAAAUCAACUAUUGUAAUUAAGAAUACCAAAGAAAUUCGAGUUUUGGAUAAUGAUAACGCUGGUACUAAUAAUAAGGAGUUAUCUGAUGUACAAGGUACAAGUAUUUAUUACGAGAUGUCAGUACUUUCUACUGAAACUUAUAAUAUAGAUCAUACAAACGACGACGAUUGUGACAAUGACACGUUACCUAAUGAACCGACAGCUAGCACGUCCGAGGAAAAAGAAGUGGCUUCCAUCAAAGCGACUCAACCCACCAUUGUAGCUCCUAAGAAACAAUCUGAGGCAAUAACAACCUUAUCUUCUAACUACUUGCCUUAUUCAAGUUUCGGAUCGACGAUCUUUAGUCCAACUAGCCCAAUUUCAUUCUCUACACAACAUUCAGUGAUAUCAUCGUCCACAGAGAAAACCACACAUUCAUUUUCUACCAGUUUCAGUCGAAAUAGAAGUUAUUCCAAACGACUAAACCAUAAGGAAUCUCCAAAUAGUGUUACUUCUAGAACAGAAACUACAAAUUACAACGUUAGAACUCCUACUAGAAAGUUCCACUAUACUACACCUAAGAUUAAACCAAUCUGGAUGGCUCCUAGGCGUAACGUCACAAGAAAUUCCUACACAAGACCUACUGUACCUACAACAAUAUAUUCAGAACACUUCGAUAUUAAGGACAAAGUGUCGCCCACAACUGCUAAACCUAAACAAUCGCACAGAACAUCUUUGACGACAGUUUCCUCAGAAAUUGACCCAGUAUUGCAAAGCGACGUUAGUGGAGUGAAGAAGGUUGUUCAUUCUCAGUCGAUAUCUGAUAAUAGCAUUCCUACGCUGUGGAAGAGAGGUUCGACUAAAUUCUCGACAUCUACAGCAACGUCGUCUGAGACGGAAGAUGGGGUCAGUGACCUGGAAAUUCCUCCAACACUCACGGCGUGGGCGCUGGCUAGUUUGAGGAGUCCACCGCCAGCAGCCAACCCUGUCAAUACUACGACAUCGACCCAAAAAAGCGUAGACGAAAACGAAUUGCAGAAAGUUGGAGAACUUACAGACAAAAAAGAAACGUCAGGUAGCUCCACGACAACAACCACUACAGUCGCCAGUGUUCUCAACAACGAUAUCAUAUCGGAGAAGAUCACCGAGAUAGACCAGAAUCGGUUACCAUGGAGACCUGUGCCCGCUCCCGCAGUAGCAACAUCAGAAAAGACAGAAGCCCCAGCGACAGAGUCCAAAUCUGAAAGACUCCCAGCUGAGAGUAACAUUUCUAUUCAAAGCAGCGUUCAGCCUCUUCCUACGACGGAAAAAAUGAAAGUGGCAACUACAAAUCCUGCUACAGACAGUCCCAAAGAUUCUGAAGAAUGGGUCUCAGCUACGGUAGAAGAACAAACAACAACCGAGGCGCUAGAAGUAAUUCCUCCAGUUGAUGCGACAAAGUCAACUGGUUUCGAAUCAAUCACAAAAUUACCUGCGGGUCUUACCACGCCUCAAGACGAGACCUUCGCUAGCGCUGAACAGACAACAGAUGUUGCCACUGAGCCCGUACCUACAACUACUGACUAUGAAAUCACUACCAUAAGAUUUUCUUACGUACCGACUGAAUCUACUGAGAGUGUUGAAACUGAUUCACCCGCCCCAUCAAAGAGUACAUGGCAUGCAGUGUAUCCAACUAGAACCAAACUGACUACAAUUAAAGAUGAGCCUAUUACUACGUACAGGCCUAAGUACAUUACCACUACAAACGAUGUCGAAGAGACGACUACCAUAAUGCCAAAGACAACACCUCAGAUGGAUGUAUCAUCGCAAGCUGUUGAAAAUAUUACUGAAUCGGCUCCGGACACUACAGUAAUCGUCAAAGACGUUACAGAGAUUACUACUGAGACACCUACAACAAAACCUACUACAACAGACAAAAUAAUCCAUGAAGAAACAACUGAGAUGCCUGAAGAAACAACUACAAUGAUAGUUGAAGUAGUAACAGAGAUCAACACUGAACGCGAGAGGCCUGCAAGCAGCACAGAAGCUCAAAGCACUGAAAAUUCAAGCACAGAAAUCACCGAAACACCUCCUAGCGAAAUUCGUGAGAGUAGCUCUGAGGAAAACAGCGAUAGCAAUGAAGUGAUCACGCAAGAAACUACUAGAGUGCCGUCACCUACUACAACAAGACGAACUACAACAUCUCGAAUCACUACUACUGAAGCCGAAGUAGAAACUGAAGUGAUUAUAGAGACAGUUAAAGAGUCUACUACUCCUGACGAGAAGAUAGUAGAAACAACGGAAAAUGACGAUUCAACUGAAGAAGUGACGACUGAAAUAACGACUAAAUCGGUGAAUGACCUUGAAGAUUUGACGAGCUUUGCUGGAGAAGUGACGACAGAGGCGUCAUCACGAGUGUUGACGGAUGAAGCAGGAUCUGGAGCCGCGGUAGCCAUAGCUGUCAGCACUAUUGGAGUCAUCGCUUUGAUUCUACUCGUUGGACUCUUGUUGGUAGUCCGUCGGCGCGGGCGCAGAGGCGUGUACGCUCAGCGUUGUACGCCGGUGUCCCUGGACGCGUACAGCUUGGACAGUGUCAGCGUGGGGCACAGGAAGGGGAACCACCGCCUGCGAGCCAGCAAGCGAAGCUACGGGAACCCCGCGUAUGAUGACGAGGUGAGGGGGAAAGAGGUCACUUCCCAUCCUAUGCAGUACGCAGCCCUAGCCAACUUCGCAAUGGACGUGGAGUCCAUGACAGCGGAGUUCGCUGAGAUCCCAACAGUGAGCGUUCGUCCUGAUGAGGUACCACCAGGCUGCGAAGACAAGAACCGCUACUCCAACGUGCUUCCAUUACCGGAGACCAGGGUGCCCUUGAAGAGGAUCGGCAAUGAUCUGACUUCCGAGUACAUCAAUGCUAACUUUAUUACGGGUCCAGGAAACAUUCGUAACUACUACAUCGCGUGCCAAGCGCCGCUGCCCAACACCGUGGUGGACUUCUGGCGCAUGAUCUGGGAGCACAACUCCAGGGUCGUCGUCAUGCUCACCGAGUACAUGGAGAACGGAGUUGAGAAGUGCUACGAAUAUCUUCCACCAUCGGAAGUGUCGGACAACAAACGGACAUUCGGGGAUUUCCAGAUAGUCCUGAUGAAGAGGGAGCAGCGAGACAAGUAUGCCAUCUCCAGCGUGCAGCUCAUCAACCUGGCUACCAGGACAUGGCGAGAGAUCACGCACCUGUGGUACUUCUGGCCGGCGAAGGGAGUCCCUGACGACUACGAGUCCGUGAUCGACUUCCUCUCAGAGAUGAGGAGCUAUAUGAAGAUCUCGCAGACUGCCAAAGAGUACGAUGAAGAAGGCGUGGAAGUUAUCUACGGCGACCAGAGCCGCUCGUCGUUCCACAACCUGUCCAAACUGAGGAGUGACGACAACGGCUCCGGCAACGGAGUGAACGUGUACUCACCAGCCAAGGCGGAGGAACAGCUGAGACGUGGUGUCACCAAUGGCACGCUUGGCAGGAUGAAGGCUGCGGCUGAAGUUGAAGGAGUCCGUCCGUGCGUGGUGGUGUGCGCGUCGGGCGCGGGUCGCUCGGCCGCGGUGAUCGCGGCGGACAUCUGCGCCCGCGCACUGGCCGCGGCCGCCGCCGACGUGCCGCGCGUCGUGCGCGAGAUCCGUGCGCAGCGCCCGCACUCGCUCUCUAACAGACAUCACUAUAUCUUCUUGUAUAAGCUUCUCAGUGAAUACGGCAACAAGUUAAUGGGUGGUGGAGUGGACACUAUCUAAACCUUAUCUAAACCAUGGUAUAAGAAAACCAGGUAUGCUCAAUCCUAUGACAAGCAGCCAUUGCUAGUCCUUUGAUGACGUAAGUGUUACCACUGUGUUACCUUUUAUGAGCAAUAUAAUGUACCCACUUUAGGACUCUGUCGCACUAACAUAUUUGACAUUUAGUGAGACUUACAGUUCAAUUUGUCAAAAAAGUUAAUGUGACAUGGUACCAAAGUGUAUACAUAUACAUACAUACAUAGUACAUAUUGAUGCUCGUGACCGUACACCUGCAUGCAGGCCGAACACGUCACAACACAACACUGUUAAAUUAUUUUACUACCUUUUUGUAUUUUUAUAAUUAUGUUCUCGCAAAUAAAAAAGUAUCUCCAACAUUCCAAGGACGUAAAAUUUAUUAUUGAAAAUUAAGUGAAUUACUGAUUAAUUU